AGAUGACAUAAAAGAAAGCGCUCAUAGUAUCUGAUUUAAAAUCGCCUUUAAUCAUUUUGACAGGAUUGUCGUCGAAAGAUAAUCGUCGUUGUCUACGUAUAAUGAUUUUAAACUUAUUCUAAUAAAUUAUUUAUAAACGAAUUUAAAAGAAAAUGUCCGACGAAGAAAAAAGUGAGAAGAAAUGGCCUUACUUCGCACCAUUUGAAUUGGUUACUCAUAAUAGGCCAGAUGAUUGCUGGGUGUCCUUUCUUGGAAAGGUUUUUAAUGUUUCUCAGGUUAUUCAACUUCAUGCCGGUGAAAGAUGUAUUAAACCAUUAUUGACCAUGGCGGGAAAAGAUAUUUCGCAUUGGUUUGACGAGAAAACGGGAGAUAUUCAACAUUAUAUACAUCCCGAGACAGGCUGUAAUGUACCUUAUUGUCCUCAUGGACCAAUUCCAGAUGUUAGCGUACCAAUUCCCGCCACUGAUUGGAGGCCUUUGGGUAGACCUCCAUGGUGGCAUGAUGAACAAUAUCAAAUUGGUUUACUGACAAAAAGAGUGCGGCCACUACGAGUCAUCAACAUGAUUUGCCCGUUUACUAGAGAAGUUUUGAUCAAUGUUUGUUGUGAAGACACUUUUUGGACAAUUCAGGAGAGAUAUAUGGCCUUCAACAGCGAUGCUGAUUGUUAUACCUGGAGAUACCUUGGUGAAAAUUUGGAUAUGAAUAAGACUAUGGCAGAAAAUGGAAUUCCUGACGAGCGGGAUAAAUUUACUGAUUUGGGCUUAUCACAAAAUUAUUAUGUACCUAGUGUUUCACUUUAUUACAAUGAUAAUCUCAAAUGUCUUGGUUCUGAUGAUGAUAAAUGUCCUUCUAUUCCUUCUAAAAUUGUGUGUAAUACUGUAAUGUUGCAUUAGGAAUCCGAAUAACAAAUGGAAAUUAUAAAAUUAAAUUUAUACUCCUAAAAAUAUGUUUGAUGUAGUGAUUCAAUUUGGUUAAAAGUUCCACUUAUACUGAUUUUAAAUACUAAUCUUUAUUUUUGUCGGUUAUAAGUAGGUAG